AUGGAUGAGCCGAGUGCAAAUGGAAGCGUCGCUUCCAACUCCUCGCACAAGCGACCUGCCCAAGAAGUCGAGGAGAAUCGUCGCAAGCGAGCGAAGUACACGGCUACUGCCUGUUCUUACCUCAGGCAAUUGAGCCAUGAUAUGACACGCUUGCGAGAGCAAGUGUCCACUCUGACAGCAGUAGUUGCGUCCCUGGUCGAAACGCAAACGCGAGCACCAAUCAAUCCUGAAGAUCGGGCCUCAUUGGGUCUAUCGGCAAGCCCAGCAAAACUUGUAACCACAACUCGACCAAAGGAGCCUGUACAACCAAAAUUCAUUGGUCCUACAAGCUCUGCAUUCAGCUUCAAUGUUGCCGAAACAUCCCUUACGCGUAUGGGUAUCGCACCUCGUGAAUCGCUUUCAACCAAUUCGUCAUCGGUUGAGUCUUCACGAGAGCCAUCAACAGAACCGUCUAACGAAAUCAGACCUCUGUCAAUAUGUUCGGAUAGAGAUUUGAUGACAAGUAUCUCAGUAGAGGAGACGAUUCGUCUGCUUGGCAUAUAUGAAGAUGAGAUAGCUUGUGUACACCCCAUCAUCGAGAUGGAGGCUCUCGUCUCAAAAGUCCCGCAGAUUCUAGACUUUAUCAAAAAUCCUCAUCGACCGAUAAAGGAAUCUCAAAAUUUUGAUCCGCGGGAUGCGCAUGUCCUUAGGCUGGCCAUUGCAACUGCUCUAAUCUGCGAGACAUUUGGCAAAAAUGAAGUCUCCGACAGGCUUGUGGCAUCCGUCAAGGCAGACGUUGGAACUAUGGCUAACAGCUUAGAGUUAGUGUUCAAAGAUGUUCAAAUUAUGAGCAUGCUGAGUCUGUAUUUUUGUCACACAUCCGAAGAGCUCUUUGCAUGGCGCGCCAUAGGCUGCGCGGCACGACAAUGCCUCGAACUGGGGCUUCAUCGAAAGCAAAGUCUAAUGGAGAGCUUCAAAGACGAACGCUCUCGCAGCCUCGCUGUACAAGUCUUUUGGGUGGUCUAUGAGCUGGACCGACGAUGGAGUUUCGGUACUAGUCUGUCUUUUGCUCUCCACGACCGGGAUAUAGAUCCACAGCUGCCAGAGCCCGGAAGAGAAUUUCCCUAUCUCAAGUGUAUGGUAUCUUUUGCAAGAAUAUGCUCGAGAGUUUGGGACGCUCUUCCUUCGUACGGAUCCCACAUAAUGCCGAAGGAGACCGAGGACUAUCUCGAUUUCACGACUCAAAAUUGGCUACUUUCCAUCCCAGAGGAACUGCAUUUCGUUCAUCCACGGCUUGGCCUUGCCUCACGUAGUCAACCACGCCAGUUACGACGGUUGCGUACUAUUCUCUACCUACGCGGUAAUUAUAUGCGGACGCUGAUACACCGACACCAUGUCCUCACGUCAGACAACAUCAGAGCCAACACUCAGAAAGCUCAGCUCGUGGUUGACAUCGCCAAGGACACAAUACUGGUACUUGUGCAUCUUAGCAACACAAGCGACAUAUAUGUACGCGAGCAGAGCAUUUACCAUUACUAUUUGCUCAGCGCGCUGGCUGUUGUGCUUCUCGCUGUGUGCCACUCGCCGAAUCUCUUCGCUGAGUCUUGCAGAGAUUCCUUUGCUUCGGCCGUGGAGCUUGUCAAAGGAUUUGCCCGUCAUAGCGAUGCCAGCCGGAGACUAUGGAAAAGCAUUCGAGGGCUACUGCCCAUAGUGAAAUCUCUAAGCCAGCGUGCGGAAGCUGGCCGCCGAAGUCAAAAAGCUGCGCAUCGGGAAGCCGAUUAUAUUGCUGGACAGCCGCUGCUGAAGCCGAAUCAAGGCUCAAAUUUCGAGCCCUUGGUAUCUGUCAUAACACCUAUGCUGGGUGAUAAUGCGCAGAAUCUGCCUGAUGUAUUUGACAUUACCAACGACCUCAUGGAUCUUUAUGACGUCUUCGGAGCUGCAGCAGUAACAGAACAACAACAACCAGCGCAAACGCCUCCAGAAAACAACAGUGAUCUAGGAAUGUCGAUGUGGGAGAUCGAGGAAUUGAUGGAAAGGCAAUCCGAUUUUCGACAGUUGCUAGCCAGUCUUCAUUGCAGUCACAGUAUGGACAUACUUCACCUUCCCAUCUACGACCCUGAUCUCGUGGCUAUCGGGCCAUGCACCCAAACUGUCAAAUUGACACAGCACAUCGACACUACCCAUCUCCUCAUCGAUCACAUACCUUCGCAUACCGUUGUUCUUGGCACUCCCGCCAUGUGGCAAUGUCUUGCCACACGGACUUGUAUAAGCGUCACCGAUCUUCUUGAGCAGCUCACGACUUGGGCGCCUUCCUGCAGGGAUCGUGGUCCAGUCCUCCUUUUGGAUAUAGCCGAGCGUCUUUUUCGCGUCGAAAAAGAGAUCACCGGUUGUCGCAGCGACAGUGUCGAUCAUGCUGAUUGCACUCGUGUCGUUGUUUGCGUGGCGAAGCUGCGUGCUCACAACGUAGGGUUUACUGCCCGAAGUGCUGAUCCACAUUGUGUAGCUGGCACAUGCUACGGUAUCGGUGGUUGA